AUGAGUCAAGCUGAUGCCUUGAAUCAAAUCGAAGUCCCACGAUGGUUGAAAUUGACCGUUGGUAAUGUGUCUCUACAUACAUUUUGUGACGCAAGUCAGGUCGCUUAUGCCACCGUCUCAUUUUUGCGAGUUGAAACAGAUAACACGGUAUCUGUGAUAAUGGUGGGAGCGAAAGUUCGUGUUGCCCCUGUUAAGAGACCUACAAUUCCUCGCCUAGAGCUUCUGGCUGCAACAAUUGGGGCGCGAAUGGCUUCUAGUAUUGUAAAAGAGAUUGGCGAUGUAGAGUGCCAUUUUUGGUCAGAUUCUUCCACGGCUCUGUGUUGGAUCAAGAAAGAGGAACCGUGGGGAGUAUUUGUGUUCAACAGGGUUAAAGAAAUUCGUUCUCUGACUGAUCCUGAUACGUGGAAACAUGUGCCAGGGGUGAUGAACCCAGCAGAUCUUCCUAGCAGGGGUUGUUUUCCUGAAGAACUUCUUGACUCCAAAUGGUGGGAGGGGCCGAGAUGGUUGUACGGGCCGCGUUCUGAAUGGCCUAACUGCGAUGUCACUCCUGAUGAAAAUGAAGUUCAAAUGGAAAGGAGAAAAACGCCUUUGAUUUCAGCUUUAUCCCAAGAACCAGGUGUGUUUUGCUGCGAAAGAUUAGCCCGGUACUUUUCUUCUUAUCACCGGAUCGUUCGAAUGGUUGCAUGGAUGAUAAGGUUUCUGUGGAACAAAUAUUCAAAGAAGGAAAAGCGCUCUGGAGAGCUGUCUUUGUCGGAAAUCGCAAGAGCUGAAAAGGUGGUUCUGAAAUCGAUACAGGAUGAAGCUUUUGAAGGGCUAGGUGAUAAACAGCUCAAAAAUUUGAAGCCACACAAAGAUAAAGUCGGACUGAUGCGUUUGAGAACUCGUAUUUGGGCGAGAAAAGACCCUGAAGACUUCCGUCCACCUUAUAUUCUUCCUUUCCAGCAUGUCAUUGUUGACAGAUUGAUCCACGACUUGCACACGCAGAAUGGACACAUUGGAGGGCAAGGUCUUCUGAACCUUCUAAGAGAAAGAUUCUGGAUCGUUAGAGGGAGGCAAGCUGUGAGAAGAAUUGUGUCUGCGUGUGUGAUAUGCAGGCGUUAUAGGGCCAAGGCAUUGGAAGUCGAGUCUCCACCGCUCCCGGAGAAUCGGGUAAGGGACGCUCGUGUGUUCGAAAUCAGUGGCACGGAUUUUGCUGGUCCACUCUACCUUAAAAAUGGAGAUAAAGUUUGGGUGUGCAUAUUCACCUGUGCUGUUUAUCGUGUCACACAUUUGGAAUUGGUUACUGCCAUGUCAACGGAAGCCUUCAUCAUGGCGUUUCGACGUUUCAUUGCGCGUUGGGGCAGACCUUCCUUCAUGUACAGUGACAAUGGUACAAACUAUAAGGGGUUCAAAAAUGCUCUCGAUGGAAUUGAUUGGCAGAGAGUAGCGUCCCGCGGUUUGGUGAACCAAAUUGAAUGGCGCUUCAACCCACCCACAGCAACAUGGUGGGGCGGGUUCUGGGAACGCUUAAUAGGGAUUUUGAAAGUUCAUCUUCGCAAAAUUCUGGGACGGGCUUCACUCACUUUUGAAGAGUUGAACACCGUGAUCAGUGAGUGUACUGCUUAUAUCAAUUCUCGCCCCAUCACCUAUACAUCGGAUGACCCGAGUGAUCCGGUGCCUAUUACUCCUCAAAUGUUCAUUGGAGAUAUUCAAGAAAUGGGUGUCCCUGACUUGGACGAAGUUGAUGCGAAGAGUUUACACAAAAGAGUUAGACGUCGCCAAGAGAUCAGAGACAACCUAAAGCAGCGUUUCCGGUCUGAAUACUUGGGCCAGAUGUUCAUGACUGCUAGCAAUUUGAAGAAUCCGAGAGAGCCCAAGGUGGGAGAAAUAGUCCUCAUUGGCGCUGACAAUCAGAAGCGAAUGCAUUGGCCGAUGGCAGUGGUUGAAGAACUGAUUCUUGGUGUUGACGGUCGGUGCCGAGUUGUCAAGCUUCGAACGCAGGAUGGCCAACUGACGCGUCCUGUCCAGCGAGUUUUUCCCUUGGAAAUUCCUCUCGAAGAAGAAAUGGAUCAAGGCCAGCUUCUAGCUGAGGUCGAACCAGAAAGUGAUUCUGGUGGUUCAGCUACCGGCGGUUCUCUAGGUGAUUCACAAGUCAAGGUCGUCGCUUCACCACCCCAAAUCCAAGAAGCUCAACCUAUUAAUUCUGAAGACCCUCUGAUGAAGUUUCAUCAUGUGGAAACCAGAUGUGGAAGGAAGGAAAUUGUGAAAUAUUGUAUUUUAGACGUUGAAAUUUUAACUAAGGCAUGUCUUAAAUUCAGAGAAUUAAUGUUACACGAAAUAAAUGUAUGCCCUUUCAUGGAAGCUACUACGAUUGCUUCUGCAUGCAAUAUAGUCUUCCAUAGAAAUUUUCUUAAGUCUAAUACUAUUGGCAUCAUUGAUAUAGAUGGAUAUAGAUGGCGUGAUAGUCAGUCUAUAAUUGCUAUCCGAUGGUUGGUGUGGAAUGAAUGCCAAAGAGGUAUUGAAAUACUUCACGUCGGUAAAGGCAAAGAGAGAGAUGAUCCUCUCAAAGAUAACCCCUCUGAGACUUUCAAUCUUCGAUUCGAAGCCACCCAAGCUAAGAUUGAAAGAUUGAAAUCUCUGGGAUAUGAAGUCAUAGAAAAAUGGGAAUGCGAAUUUCGAAAUGAUUUAACGGAUGAAAUUAAAAAAAUUUCAGAUCCUCUUCUAAAUCAAUCACCUCUAAAUCCAAGAGAAGCUUUCUAUUAUGGCUGA